AUGUUGCUCUACAACGUGGCCCGAAACCAUUCAAGAGAGUACGAAUUAACGGUUCGCCAGGAACCCAAACAGGCACGCAUGUGUGGCGUAGGCGGUAAAGCCGAUCGACGGCCCAUCGACCCUCCCCCAAUUGUUCAGCUCCGAGUGAUCGAUCCAUCUCAGCGAAGGCAUUCCAAUGAUUCGCGCGCGGACUCACCAGAUGUUGCCGCAUCACUGGCAUCACAAAGUUUUCUACAAAAUCCGUACUAUUUUAUGUUCGCGACUCUUGCAAAACCGGACGAGGAUGUGGAACUACAUUGGCUCAAGGACGGCAAGACACGAUGCACAACUGGCUCCGUCGUGUCUUCUUUAUAUCACCUCAAGGAUACCGAAGCUGGCGGAGCAGAUGCGGGGUUCUUUGUCUUCCCUGAUCUAAGCGUGCGGACAGAGGGGAGUUACCGACUGAAGCUGAGCCUGUUCGAAGUGGUAGGGUCGAGCGUAUACCACUGCAAGUCAAUCUUCUCGGCUCCGUUCUACGUGUAUACAGCAAAGAAGUUCCCCGGAAUGGAAGAAUCGACGCCUCUAUCGUGCUCGUUGGCUGAUCAGGGAAUCAAGAUUCGCAUCCGCAAGGACAUCCGCGUACGCAAGCGCCCCCUUCCGGGCAAUGAAGCGCCCACACCCAUUCCGAUACCAAUUCCAGGACCCCCGCAAAGUGGCGCAUUUGGUCCGGUACCAGUGCGCCUGGAUGACUCGGAAGCUGACGAGGAACGGGGUCAGGAUGAGGGUAGCCACAGGAUUCUUGACGGUCCACACUUGACCGAGUCUCCUCACGCUGAGAGAUCAAGAGUCGCCGAAAGUGAAAAGGACAGCCCGAGAGAGGAGCCCCGGAGAAUGUCAGGACGAAGAGAUAGCGGGAGCAGCAGUAACAGGCGGGACAGCACGAGCGAGAGGGGCACGAAGCGCAUAAGAGCGGACGAUAGUGCAAGUGCAAGCGGCAGUAUGAGCGGAGGCGCGGGCCCUUCCAGCGCAGGGUGGGGUCCCAUCGACCCUGCGCUGACUGCUCCGCCUCCUCCCGUCGCCCAGCCAGCCCCGCCUCCCACUAGUCCUGGAGAACAUCAUUACGCUUCUGCACCUGCCCCUCACUCUGCUCCCCCGCCGCCUUCGUAUGAGCAGCGAUACGCUCCAGCUCCUGCUCAGUUGUCCGCGCCUCCGCCCGCCCCAGGGUCUCACCACGCCCAACACGCGCCGCCACCGCCCGUGCAUCAUUACUCAGCGCCGCCCCCGCCGCAUCCAUACGCGCACCACCAUCCAUACUCGUACCCACCGGCGUCUGCGCCCGGCCAACCAUGGUAUGAUCCGUACGCGCACCAUCAGCCCUAUGGCGUGCCGCCCCCGCCAUCACACCACCCGCACGCGCACCACGCACCACCGCCGCCUCGCUACGGGGAAUAUCCCGCAUACGCACCGCAGCCAUACGCCUAUUACGAGCACGCCCCACCGCCUCACCAUCAGCAACCGCCGGCGCAGCACCAGUCACAGCACCAGGUCCAACCGCAGCAUCAGGUACUUCCGCCCCCACCGCCUAGCCACCAUUCGCACCAUGUAUAUCACCAUCCUGGGUACGGCGCAGCAUCGGCGCCGCCUUCGCCGCCAACCAACCAUCCCGCUCCAAGCCACACUGGCCACGCUGCAGACACCCGCUCGCAGAACAGCAGCGCCAGCUACACUCCGGCUGGAUACGGUUCUGCUCCGCCGCCGGUCUCCGCGCCUAGUGCGGCAACUCAUCACCAUUACGCGCCUCCGCCUCCCUCUCCCUACGCGCAAUACGGGCAUUCCACGCAGGCUCAUCAACAGAGCAGUCAGAGCCAGGCGUCCAGCGCGAGCCAGACGGGAUCGCGUGGGCAGUAUCAGCUUAGCACGCCGCCUCACCAGCAUCAAUCAGGAUAUAGCACCUAUCCGCCGGUGCCUGGCAGUGGCGGUGGUGGUGGGAGUCUAUCGAGCGCUGCAAGCUCCAGCGGAACGAAUCCCACAAGCGCAGAUGGCGGACAAGGCGUGAUGAUGCAAAACGACGCCUAUGGGUCUUAUGCUGGUAGCGCCACCGGCGGGCGAGACGUGCAUAGGAUCCAGCUUGCGCCGCUCCGCGGGAGCCAAGUUUCGCCUCCCCCUCAAUCCGGCGAUAGAAGCACUGCCGGAGGGAAGAAGAAUCCUCUCAGCAUUGGCAACAUCAUCUCAGAUGACACGAGAUGA